CACUCCAUCUCCUCCUGAGGUGUCUCUGGAGGGGUUUCAUCUAGUAACAGGAUGGUCAGCCCCAAGCCUUUUUCUCAUUGGCUGAACCUUCAUGGGCUCCUCUGCCCCCUUCAUUGAUUCCACACCCACCCCACAGCCACUUUGAGGGCAGGACUCUGCUUGAGCCAUUGCUUCUCCUUGGGCUCCUCUCUUCUGGUUUGCACCCCGUGCCUUGCUUAGAAGACCCCACACACUCUUGGCCCCUGGAAGAGCUGAGAUGGCCGGAGAAGGAGCCCUGCUUCACCUCUGCCUCUGGGCACUCCUUGCUUUGCCAGGUUCCAACACUGUGAAAGUGGACACUUACGUACAGAUGGACUACUUCCAGGAGAGCUUCCCCUCAGAGAAGAUGUCUGGGGAGUUCUUGCAUAUGCUGAAUGAUGAGGAGGUCUUCCACGUGAACUGGGGCAAGAGGGAGACUGUCUGGAAGCUUCCUGAGUUCAAGAACUUCACCAGCUAUGUCGCACAGGGCGCCGUGAGCACCAUGAACAUCCUGAAGAACAACCUGGAGGCGCUGAUGAAGCGCAGCAACCGCACCCGGGCCCAGAAUGCUCCUCCAACAGCAACCGUCUUCCUGAAAAACCCCAUGGGACUGGGAGACCCCAACGUGCUCAUCUGCUUCGUGGACAAGUUCUUUCCCCCAGUGCUAAACAUCACCUGGCUGAAGAACGGAGAGGAGGUUUCCAAGGGUGUGACGGAGACAGACUUCUUCCCCAGCACAGAAGCCACUUUCCGCAAGUUCUCCUACCUGACCUUCAUCCCACAGCACGGAGAUUUCUAUGUCUGCAAAGUGGAUCACUGGGGCCUGACCCACAGUCUCACCAAGCUCUGGGACGCCAAGGAGUCGUCUCUCAUCCCAGAAACAGCAGAGAACGUGUUGUGCGCCCUGGGCUUGGCCAUGGGCAUGCUGGGCAUCAUCACUGGCACCGUCCUUUUCUUCAAGGCCAGGAAGAUGAAUGGCGGCAACCAGCACAGGGGCCCCCUGUGA